AUGACCUCGAGAGGAAGUAAGACCCCUAAAAGAACUUCCAAAAAAAAAGACGUCGUUAUCGAGCCCCCCCUUUCACCCGAAGAUAGCGAGGAACAAGUUGACCAACUAACGGGUGACCUCGAAGAUAUGCAAGUUGAUACUACCCUCCUCGAAACGGAGAAAAUCAAGAAAAGCAACGGUGAACCUGCUGGAUACCCUGAGAGCGAGAGUACUUGGGAAGACGAAGAAAAUGUAUUCUGCCGAGACUUGAUCACAGCAUAUUGGGAUGAAAAAGAAAAAUUCUUAGACAAUGAACGAAGAGAAGAAUGGCGAAGUCAGCCAGACAUCAUGAAGGCAAAGAUGACAGCUCGCUCUACUAAAAAUACUGCUUUCACGAGAGAUAACCCUGUGCAAACUCGUUCACAGGCCCACCCCACUAGUGUUCCUGCAAGUCCGCCAAGUCCCUCGAGGGUUCUCCGAGAAAGAGCACCGGCAAAGUUAAAAAAGAUGAGGAAACAAGCUAGAACGGAAUCUUCCGCGUCGGAAGCAGAAACAUCCGAAAGGGUGGAAACACGCACGAAAGAAGGUGGGAAGACCACGGAGGCUGGCCAUUCAAAACUAAAUGGCAGGAGAAAACGAAAGUUUAUUGAUGAGAAGGCAGGGGAAAAAGAAAAGGAGAAUCAAAAACGACAGAGAAUAGAAGAACAAGAGAGAAUUCAAAGUCACAUUUUAGACGAAGAAUUUAAUCCUUCCGAGAUUGAAGGAAGUUGGGAGCCAUAUGUCAAAGAAGUUAUCACCGUAUACCCAACUACUGAACAAAAUGUAUUGAAAGUUUACGUAUUAUGGCAAAAUGGUAAAACCACAGUUCAUCUGAAUAAUCUAAUCAAUGUUAAAUGUCCUUUGAAAGUUGCAAUUCUCAAGGAAAAAGAGUCAAAAUUCAUGAAUUUAAACAACUCGAUAAAUCUCAGCUAUUGA